UUUAAAACUCUGCCUGUUUGUAAUGAAAGCACUUUUUGAGAAAGAACUUCCAAAUUAAAAGCCAUAAAAUCUUUUUUUCACCCCUCCAAAAUAUACUACUCUAUUACAAUGCAGAAUAGCCUGAAAUUACUCUGAAAGCAUACGUUAUAAACAAACACACACUGUAUAGGCACAGAAAGGUUAUGAGCGCCUCUUGUCCGAGUGUUACUGCGUGUGGAGUAUUUAUAGCUGUACCCAUGAAGAGUCUUAGUGUCAUUGGAUAACUGUUCAUGCACUGGAUCUGUUACAGACAACAGAAGGAAAUAUAAUCAACGACAGCAUGCACAUGUGAUCGGUUCCCUCUUGAGAAUCUCCAGUUGUAUGUUGCACUUCUGUCAGCUGUUAAAUGAUCCCAGUUGUUUGGUCAUGGCAUGAUUCACGUCUGUGAGAAAAGGAUCUGGAUAAUCAGAACACGCAGCUUAUAUAGAUGACAAUGGCAUGGAUGGAGACCUAAACACAACAUUCGGACAUUUAAAGUUUGACCUGUGUGUAUCUGAGCUGAUGGGACGGUCAGACGACGCUGUGAUUGGUCGAGGCCUGAACAGUCCAGAUCCACUAGUGCGUGAAGCUUUUCUGAUGGCGUACGACUACAUCAGCUACGUGACAGCCAAACCAGGCGUCCCGUUGUGUCCGGCACCUUCCCGUGCUUCCGCUGCCCUGCGCCACGCUGGAGACGAGCUGCUGAUCCGCUUCCCGAUCUUCUUUCGCCGCUGGCCGAGAGUUUUCCAGGACGUGACGGAGCACACGGCCUGCCCCACGCUGCUCUCCAUCCUGGACGAACACUUCGCUCCCACGAGGCGCAGGGAUCUGGCCUGGAGCGCCGUGCUGUCGGUGUUCGUUCUGGCUGGUCAGCUGGCUCUGCACUGCCAGGACAGGGGCAUGGAGGACAUCACGCCGCAGAUACAGGAGUGUGUGGGCAGCUACGUGGAGAGGGUCAUCUGCCCCGAGAUCCGGGACAAAGGAGGAUGGUCAGGUUUUAUCUCUCGCUUUGGAGAAAAGCAGAAUCUUGAAGACCAUGUGGUAAAGGUGUGUUGCUGGUCUCUGCUCCUGCUGUGUGUUGGCAUCUUAUCCUAUUUCAUAUGGACAAGAAGAAAAACCUAGUCAACAGCGCCACCUGCUGACAAUAUAUAGUAAGGACACUCACGACUAUCAACAUAAAUGUGGUAAGAUUGAUUAAAAAUUAAGAAUUACUGCUGAUUGAUAAAUGCUAUGAAUUGUAAACCUUCCAUUGUUAAUAGGCUAAUUGCAAUGCUAUCAAUAUCUGUGCAUAGUUUAAUACUACAGGAAAUAAUACCACAGUAUAGUGUAAAAUGUUAGUUUAGUAUAUUCUGCAGUGAAUUUAUUAACUGUAGGAUACUUUACAAGUAAACCAGUCUCAUGUUAGUAUUUAGUUUGGCAUAGCAGUUAUACUUUGUUGAUGUAUAUGCCAGACUAUUGACAGAACUGUUGUGAACUGAUAUCUUCAAAGAGCUGCUAAUGUGAAAAGUGUGUUCAGUGUGCUUUAUAAUGUGGUAAAAUGAUUUACAACAUUUGAUCUUUUUAGUAAACAGUGAUAUGUCGAGUUUC